UCUUGAAUUAUACGUACUCGCUUCCCUCGGGGGCCUGCCUCCCUUUUGGCUGCAAUUUCGGUUUUCACGUCACGGCGGGGGGAGGAAAACAGGUGCCUCGGUAACUAUGGCGGCCGCGUCAGCAGGUUGCUGUAGAGACAGUUACCGAAAGUUAUCGCGAGAAGCGUCCGCCUGGUUGAAAGCCGUGCGGCCGGGCGCCGAGCUGCCCUUGGGCCGGUGCACAGAGAUCGCUCAGUCAUGGCUUCCGGGCUCUUUCCGUUAAUUAGGUUCCUGGCCAAAGGCGGCUUAGCGGGGGGUGCCGUCUACGUCGCUUACAGCCAAGGGCUGCUGAGUGGUGGCGAGCGGGGGGCCGAAGCCCUUCAGAAAGCCCAGCAAGCCAUCCCCCCAGCUGUGGAAGAAUGGACAAAAUAUUUUGGCUGGCAGCUUCCAGCAGUUCCAAAAACUGAAUUCUCUCUCUGCAAUUCCUGGAAUUCAGGGGUUCGGACGGUCAUCAGUGCCCUUUCCGUGGCCCCCACAAGAACCUGUGAGUACACCCAACAUGGGUGGAAGUACAUGAAGGAUCUCCUCAAAUGAAACCUUCUGAGAAGACCUCCCCCCCGCCACACACACACACACACUCUUUUCCUGUUGCUGAAGGGCUACAAUAAAGACUUUGGAACAUC